AUGGACAACGACACAAAAGGCUUGGAACGCUUCGUGGUCUUUGACUGCGACAUUGGAUCGGAUGACGCCUGGGCCCUUGCUCUUUUACUACGGGGAGAGCAGUUGUCCUUACCCGGCGGAAAGCGGUAUAAGCUGGUGGCAAUAACAUGUGUCCAGGGCAAUACCGAUGUUCAGAACGGAUCCCAGAAUGCCCUGAGAAUUCUCAGAUUACUGGAGAGGCGGGAUAUUCCAGUUUUUAGGGGCUGCGCUUCUCCGAUAGUACCUCGGACGUGGAAGGACCAAUCUCGCUUCCAUGGCAUUGACGGCUUUAAGGACGUGGGCGACUAUCCAGAUGUGAGCGAGCUGCAGGAGCAACUGCAGGAGGAGCACGCCGUGAAUGCGAUGUAUAGGCUGGUUUGCCAGAGUCCCAAGCAAGUGGACUUUCUCCUCUGUGGGCCCCUCACCAACUUUGCCAACUGCAUUAACCUCUAUGGAGAUGCGUUUUUGGAAAAGAUCGGUGGGGUGUACAUAAUGGGGGGAAACAUCUAUGGGCGCGGCAACAUCAUGAAGUGUGCCGAGUUCAAUUUCAUGAUGGAUCCCGAGGCGGCGCACACAACUUUGGAGCGCUUGAAGGAGCCAGCUCUAAUCCUGCCCUGGGAGCCCUGCAUCGAAGACGCCUUCCAUCUGUCACUCGACUGGAGGCUAAAUGUUUUGGGGUCUGUGGACCAUCCCUUUGUAAAACUGAUGACCAGAGUGGAGCGAGCCAUGAUGGAGCCCCGUGGGAUCAAGAAGUGGCUCAAUCCUGAUGCCGCUCUCGCAGCUGCCUACCUCUUUCCAGAGGCAAUGAUUGCGGAGCACCUGGACUACCAUGCCACAGUGGAACUGGCCGGAGUCCACACGCGUGGCCAGAUGGUGUUGGAUCACCUGCGCGGGCGUCGGGUGGAUGCUAUCCACGGAAGGCAGAGCAAUGUGCGCAUCAUAACUCAUCUCAAUAGAGAGCCCUUUCGGACUAUUAUGUCUUGGACGGGGUGUCUUCCGGGGACAGAUCUGGCAAAACUCUGAAAGCGGGAGCCAGGAAAUGUUCAAUCAACCUGAAACACAAAACUGGCUUGGAAUUUUUCAUAAACUUUCUCCAAAUGAAUCGUUAAAUAAAAGUAAUC